AUUGUUACUUACAAUAAAGCACAUGCUGGAAAAUAGUAAUCAAGGCAGAGAUCAAAUAUCAAUCAACAACAAACUAAUAGUAGGAGGAAAGAUUCAGCUGGACACUUUGCUUUCAAACAUUGUGAAAGAAACAGCAGAAACAAAACAUCUGAAAACAAAACUCUUGGUGGAAAAACAAAACCUGGAAAAACUGAAGAACAACAUUAAACAAGAGAGAGCAUACCUGGGCAAAGCCAAUAUGCUCAUGAGCAAAGAAAAACUAGAGCUGGCCUUGAUGAAGUCUGAUAUGCAAAAACAAUUGAUCACAUUGGAGGAGAAUCAACACAUGAUUAAAGAGGGAAACAUUGACCUUGAAAUCAGAGAAAAUGAGUUAAAAAAGAAAACAAUGGGACUGGACACAAUAGCUGAGAAGAUGAAGAAGGGAAGGGAACAAAUUCACCAGCUAAACAUGGAUGUUGGGACAAAAAGAGAUGAAGUCAAUGAUAACCGAUGUGCAAUGGAACAGCAAAAUAAGGACUUGAGUGUUUUUAGACAGGAACAUUGUCAAAAGAGCAAAGAGAUUGCAUUUGCCAGGACCAAAAUAAGUACAGGGAUGGAAAAGCUACUCAAAAUGAAGGCUACUUUUGAAACUGAAAAAAUACUGCAUGCCAAAGACACGGAGACGAUGGAACAACUACAAUCUGAGCAGAAAGUGUUGCAAGAUCACUUUAGGUCUUGUAUCCUGUCAAUGAGAAGAGUGACAGAUGAUUUAAAGGCAAAGUAUGAAAAGAAACUUGAAGACAUUGACAAAAAGGUUGUCAAAUUAGAAGCGAAAAAUGAAGGUAUGCCGAAAUUGUUGCUUAAAUUUAAGCACAUGCUGGAAGAUAGUAAUCAAGGCAGAGAUCGAAUAUCAAUCAACAACAAACUAAUAGUAGGAGGAAAGAUUCAGCUGGACAAUUUGCUUUCAAAUGUAUUGAAAGAAUCAGAAGAAAUAAAACAUCUAAAAACAAAACUUUUGGGGGAAAAACAAAACCUGGACAAACUAAAUAACAACAUUAAACAAGAGAAAGAAAUCCUGAGCAAAGCUAUUGAGUUCAUGAGCAAAGAAAAACUGGAGCUUGUUGUGAUGAAGUCUGAUAUGCAAAAACAAAUGAUCGCAUUGAAAGAGAAUCAACGCAUGGCCAAAGAGAGAUACAGUGACCUUAAAAUCAGAGAAAACGAGUUUAGAAAGAAUAAAACAGGAUUGGACAGAAUAGCUGAGAAGAUGAAGAAAGAGAGGGAACAAAUUCAUCAGCUAAACAUGGACGUUGUGACAAAAAGAGAUGAAGUCAAUGAUAACCGAUUUGCAAUGGAACAGCAAAAUAGGGACUUGAAUGUUCUCAGACAGGAACAUUGUCAAAAGAGCAAAGAGAUUGCAUUUGCCAGAACCAACAUAAGUACAGAGAUGGAAAAGCUACUCAAAAUGAAGGCUGAUUUUGAAACUGAAAAAAUACUGCAUGCCAAAGACACGGAGACGAUGGAACAACUACAAUCUGAGCAGAAAGUGUUGCAAGAUCACUUUAGGUCUUGUAUCCUGUCAAUGAGAAGAGUGACAGAUGAUUUAAAGGCAAAGUAUAAAAAGAAACUUGAGGACAUUGACAAAAAGGUUGUCAAAUUAGAAGCGAAAAAUGAAAGUAUGCCGAAAUUGUUGCUUACAAUAAAGCACAUGCUGGAAAAUAGUAAUCAAGGCAGAGAUCAAAUAUCAAUCAACAACAAACUAAUAGUAGGAGGAAAGAUUCAACUGGACACUUUGCUUUCAAACAUUGUGAAAGAAACAGCAGAAACAAAACAUCUGAAAACAAAACUCUUGGUGGAAAAACAAAACCUGGAAAAACUGAAGAACAACAUUAAACAAGAGAGAGCAUACCUGAGCAAAGCCAAUAUGCUCAUGAGCAAAGAAAAACUAGAGCUGGCCUUGAUGAAGUCUGAUAUGCAAAAACAAUUGAUCACAUUGGAGGAGAAUCAACACAUGAUUAAAGAGGGAAACAUUGACCUUGAAAUCAGAGAAAAUGAGUUAAAAAAGAAAACAAUGGGACUGGACACAAUAGCUGAGAAGAUGAAGAAGGGAAGGGAACAAAUUCACCAGCUAAACAUGGAUGUUGGGACAAAAAGAGAUGAAGUCAAUGAUAACCGAUGUGCAAUGGAACAGCAAAAUAAGGACUUGAGUGUUUUUAGACAGGAACAUUGUCAAAAGAGCAAAGAGAUUGCAUUUGCCAGGACCAAAAUAAGUACAGGGAUGGAAAAGCUACUCAAAAUGAAGGCUACUUUUGAAACUGAAAAAAUACUGCAUGCCAAAGACACGGAGACGAUGGAACAACUACAAUCUGAGCAGAAAGUGUUGCAAGAUCACUUUAGGUCUUGUAUCCUGUCAAUGAAAAGAGUGACAGAUGAUUUAAAGGCAAAGUAUGAAAAGAAACUUGAAGACAUUGACAAAAAGGUUGUCAAAUUAGAAGCGAAAAAUGAAGCAAAAUAA